UGCGCCAGGUAUAAUGUUUACCGUCUCCAUGGCAACAGGACGCUACUGGAGACCUCUUCAUUAGUCUGGGCGACGAGCUGUGUGGUGGUGGGCUGGUGCUUAAGAGUGUAGUAUCGACGAGGAUGGCAGCAACAACGGCUCUUUCAACAGCUGGGACCCCGGGACCGGUGGCGACGGACCAGCAUCAUCAUCAUCCAACACCUUCAGAGCAGCAGCAGCAGCAGACGCCGCAGCAGAGAUGCACGGAGACAGAGGAACAUCACCGGACUGGGGUCACUGUAACACUGCCGACGAUCCAGGUGACGGAGCCGCGAGUCUCAGCUAGCGAUAGUGUGCCACUGGAGCUGCUCAGCCUCGACCUCCAGCACACGACACUCGAGUACUCCUCGGCCCCAGUGCGGAGCUCCUCCAGCACUUCACUGGCGUCAGGAUUCAGCACCACAUCUUUGCCCUUACUGGAGGUGGGCAAGCCUCGCCUGGCGUCCACGGAGGUGAAGCUGCCGCCCCUGCUGGUGCCUCCAGUGGUGCCGCCCUCCAGCCUGGCAGAGGCCGUGCGGCUGGUGCGCUCCUCCAACAUGUUCCUCUACCUCACCCUCAAGCACCCUCCCUCACACCUCCACUAUAACCCCUACAGCUUCAAUGUUGAGAGCAGUCGGCCCCGCGGGAGGAGCCAGUACGCUAUCCUGAGCAGCGCCGGGGUGACGCAGGUCUGGCCCAGCGAGGUCACCUUCACCACCAUGGACGACUUCCAGCGGGAGUUCGCCGCCUACAAGCACCUCAAGAAGGCAAUCGACGACCGUAGGCAGGUCGUUGAGCUGGCAUUAGAGAUCCGGUUCUUUCGGAACUUCCGACUAAGCAAGACGUGGCAGGUGUGGCGAAGGAGUGUGAGGUGCCGGAAGGUGAGGGAGGCGAAGACCAGAGUUUCAGCUUACCUCCUCACCCUCCAGCCGCCCUUCCACGCCACACUAGUCAACGUCGCCGCCCUCUGCCACCGGCUCUCUCACAUGGGCCUCCUCCAGGUGAGCAGUGCGGAGCCGGCCGUGAUGGAGACGUGGCUGGCCAGGCAGCAGGCGGCACUUACCAACGUGAGGACCCGCCUCGCCUCCUUCAGGACUCUCCUCCUGCAGGUGGUCGCCAGCAUGAUGCAUACUGACGACCCGCCUGCCGACGCCGAUGGUAAGUUUACCAAAGAGGAAGUAAGGAGAGCUAUCGGAAGGGGGGGGGGGGGGAGGGGGGAAAGAAAGAGAGAGCAGAAAAGGGUGCGGGAGGGAAGAGAAAGUGAAAGGAGUAAGGAAAGAGUUUAA